AUUUAUCGCAACUGCAUAUUUAUAGCAAUGUUUAACAGAGUAGCAGUGACACAGCUCAAAAGGAACUAUAGAAACCUCCUAGCAUCACAGAAUGGGAUUGUAAGGACCCCAGCACGGUUCUGUAGUACUAAAAAGGAGGAAGAAAUAUCAUAUGAAUCCCAGGCACCAAUAGACGAUACAAAAGACUAUGAAGCUAACUCUCGCUUAGCCAGGCAGCUUUUCCUAUUCAUCCCGGUCACUAUGUUUGUGAUUUACAAGUCAUUCUUCGUGAAGAACAACCCUUUCUCCAAAGAGAAGGAAUAUUGCUUUAUAUCUGAUAAUUUUGAGAAGAAAUAUAUCGGCUCACACGCAGCCAAACUUAUUGAAAAGAAGAUUGGAAAUCGGAUUUAUAAGCAAGAAACUGAGGAAACUCAGAGAGUCAAAACCCUAGUUGACACUGUGAUCCAGAAGAACAAUAUUAAAAAAUAUCUGGAAGAUUUGCAGGUGAAAGUUAUACAUAUCCCUACCUUUGGAGUGGUAAUGACCCUUGACCAAACCUUGUUUGUGUCAAUAAAGACUUUGGAAACCUGUAACGAUGAUGAACUGGUGAUGCUGAUAUGCCAUGAGUUAUCACAUUACUUACUCUCGCAUUCCCUUAAGAAAUCUCUGAAGAUCAUUUAUUAUGAGUAUUUCAAGUCUCUAGGCAAAGGGUUCUCACAACAGGUAGAAUGGUACAAAAGAAUGGUCUCUCAGUAUAAAUAACGGAGCUAUUUACAACAAAUUUGAAGAAAGAAGAGCAGAUAUUCUCUCGCAUGAACUUGCACAUAGAGCUGGGUUUGACAUCCUCAAAGGCAUUGAAGUGUAUGGAGAGUUUACACCCUCACUAGGGCAUCCAGAUUAUUCUCAUUAUGAAAUGUCUAAAAGAUUACUGAAGAAUUUUGCAGAAAAUGCUAAUGACCCCUCUGCAGCACCUGAGUAAUGGCUAAAAUUUAAUAAUUACAGCAG